AUGGGUUGUUCCUCACAUCAACAACAACAAAAGGGAUGUCAUUCCGGCAAAACGCUUGCUUUGAUCCUUUUCUCUUUGAUAUUAUUGAUACUCUUUGGAUGUACAUUCAGUACGAGUUCGACCGUAAAAUACAUCAUCACAACUGUUGCCGGUAAAGGUGGUUCUGUUUUUGGUUGUGCAGACGGAACUCUUGCAUUGGAAUGUGGCAUGAAACCUUUUGAUGUCUUUGUCACUGCGACAAACGAAAUUUAUUAUUCUGAAUAUGCAGCUAAAAGAAUUAUGAAAAUUGGACAAGAUGGAAGGGUUACAACGAUUGCAGGUGGAGGCAAUUCUACUGCGGAUAAUAUUCCAGCAGUGCAGUCAGUGAUAGCUUGGACAAUGGGAGUGACUGUUCAUCCCACCACAAAUGAUGUUUAUUUUACAGAUGUUUUUGGACACAAAAUUCGUAAAGUGUCAGGUACAACUGGAAUUAUAACAACCUUUGCAGGAACAGGAGGUGAAAGCUCAUCUGGUGAUGGAGGCCCUGCCAUAAAUGCAACUAUGAAUAGACCUUUCAUGCUUUAUCUUAAUCACACCACGAUGGAGAUGUUUGUUGCAGAGGCUAAUUCUCAAAGGAUUAGAAAAAUUUUUGCAAAUGGAACCAUAACAACAAUUGCUGGAAAUGGUAACUUUGCAAGGGGUACGGAGGGAGGGUUGGCUAUUACAUCUUCAAUGAAAACACCUUCUUGUGUACGAGAGGCUCCAAAUGGAGAUGUUUUUUAUAUGGAAAUUAAUGACAGCGUUCUUAGAAGAAUUAAUAAGCAAACUGGAAUUCUUUCAACAGUUGCUGGAACUUUUUCUAUUGGAUACAAUGGAGAUGGAAUUCCAGCAAGACAAGCAUCUCUUUCUUCUCCAUAUGGCUUCGUCAUUACUGACAAUGGAGAUAUUUACAUUGCAGAUAUGGGAAAUAGUAGAAUUAGAUACAUUGAUGCAAAAAGUGGAAAUAUUUCUACAAUUGCAGGCAUAUCUGUUAGCGGAUUUAGUGGUGAUGGAGGCAUAGCUACUGAUGCCUCAAUAGAUAGACCAAGUUCUUUAUUUCGCUUGCCAAGUGGGCACAUUUAUAUCGCAGAUUUUGCAAACAACAGAAUUCGUUUGUUGACCCCAACAUGUGACGAAGGAUUUGUGUAUAUUUCUCAAAAUCAUUCAUGCAUUCCAUUGGAGUGUUUUGGAAUUAACUAUAAUGAUACAAAUGUUUGUUCUUCGCAUGGAAAGUGUAUAGGGAUCGACAGGUGCACUUGUCAUGAAGAUUCCAUAUUUUAUCAAGAUUGUUCCUUACUCUUUGUAAAUUCUCAAAAUAUGUUAAUGACCUUCUCUGACAUAGUUUUGCAAGCUCCAAUUAAUAGUGUCAAUAUACAAGUUAGAUUUAAUCAUUCACGCUUUUUGGAUUUCUAUAAUGGAAGAGAAAUUACUGUGAAGGUUGAAAUUAUUUUAAAUGGGCAAACAAUUACUGUCAAAAAUCAAGGAAUUAAUUUAGCCAAUUCAACUGUGACAAAUCUGUUAGUUACAUUACCAACAACAAUUUCUCAACCAGGAAAUAUCAGUGCGUUUAUUGAAUUAUGGGAUGUUAGAACCACGAUGAAAAUUUCGAAUCGAACUCAAUCAUUGAAUUCUUCACAAGUUGUAAUUAACAAUGGACCUCCAAUAGCUGUUUCAUCCCCAAGCAAUAACAAUAAUAAUCCUCCAAUUGAUACUGUUGCUAUUGCAGUUGGAAUUAGUGUUCCAUUUGGAAUUUUAUUGAUUAUUUUUAUGAUAAUAUUGAUAAUUUUAAUUGCUAUCCUUGUGUUGAAGAAGAAGAAAGCCAAGAGCAGUUCUACUCAGCAUGCAGCCACAGUAAACGAUAUGGAAAUGAGGGAAUGA